AUGGAAAUGAUGAAGCUGGCUCCUCCAGUUGCUGCCAGAAGUCAAGAUUUGCUAGCUUGUGAAACCUGUGGAAGACAUUUUGCACAAGAUGUUCUGUUAAGGCAUGAGCCAAUAUGCAGGAAAGUCUUCAACAAAAAGCGCAAACCUUUCAAUUCUUUGAAACAGAGACUGCAGGGAACUGAAAUUCCCUCAGUGAAGAAACAGCCACCACCAAAGAAACAACCAGAAAAGAAAUCUAACUGGAGACAGCUGCAUGAGGACUUUAUUAGUGCUAUUCAGUCAGCCAAGCAAGUCACAAAAGCCAUGAAAGAGGGCCGACCCCUUCCUCCUCCUCCACCUCCAAGCGUCAAUCCAGAUUAUAUUCAGUGUCCUUACUGCUUGAGAAGGUUUAAUGAAGCUGCAGCAGAGAGGCACAUCAGUUUUUGCAAAGAACAAGCUACACGACGUGUCUUUGCACCAGGCCAGAAAGCAGCCAAACAGGCCCCGGGUAAGCAACAAAUGACUCAAAGGAGAGAGCCAGCCUUAACAAGUGCUGUGGAAUCACUGCUUCAGAACAGAGCCCAAGAAGCUGCCAUUGCAGGACCUGCUGUGCAGUCCUCUGCUGAAAUGCCAGAGAGAACCAAAAAAACAUCUGGUGUGCCCUUUGGAAAAAAUACUUCAGGAGAUUCUCGACUCCCAGCACAAAGCAGAAGAUAAGGCGGCAGAUCACCCAUGACUUGAAAUGGCUGCCUUUACUUGUACAGCAUUGCUACUGAAGAUCCUAGGAAAACAGUUCCAUAAAACCAUCUGCAUUCCAACUUGUCACACAGUUUAUUACAUGGAAGACAACUGUGUGUUACUGAUUACAAUACAAUGUGCAAGCUGAAGUU